UCCGCUGAUUUCACAAUAGAGAGUGAAAAAAAAAAACCAAAAGGAGUCGAGUCUCUCUCUCUCUCUCUCUUGUUUGCUCACAUCACACUCAGAAAGAAGAGCGAGAAAGGAGGAGACUUUUUUGACUCUUCUCCUUCUUCUCCAUUUCUCUCUGUCACUUUGUUUGCUUCCUCCGAUUCACUCCAAUUUGAUCAUCUCUUUCUCUGCGUUUAAGGUCUCUCUCUCUUUCUCAGGAUUCCUCAAGAGUUGAUUGUAAAUGGGAAAUUGUUGUGCGAGCCCUGGUCCAGAAGAUGCUGGGAGUAAACAUGGGAAACCAAAGACCAAAAGCAAUCCUUUUUACAGCGACGCAUACACUACAAAUGGAUCUGGAGCUGGUUUCAAGCUCUGUGUUUUGAAAGAUCCAACAGGUCAUGACAUAUCUCUCAUGUAUGAUCUGGGGCGUGAGGUUGGUCGCGGGGAGUUUGGUAUUACGUACUUGUGCACUGAUAUCAAAACUGGCGAGAAGUAUGCGUGCAAGUCUAUAUCAAAGAAGAAGCUUAGAACUGCUGUGGAUAUAGAGGAUGUUAGGAGGGAAGUUCAGAUUAUGAAGCAUAUGCCUAGGCACCCGAAUAUUGUGUCACUUAAGGAUUCCUUUGAGGAUGAUGAUGCUGUGCAUAUAGUGAUGGAGUUGUGUGAAGGAGGUGAGCUGUUUGAUCGGAUUGUUGCAAGAGGUCAUUAUACUGAACGAGCUGCUGCUGCAGUAAUGAAGACUAUUCUUGAAGUUGUUCAGAUAUGUCAUAAGCAUGGAGUGAUGCAUCGGGAUCUAAAACCGGAAAACUUUCUCUUUGCAAAUAAGAAAGAGACAUCAGCCCUUAAAGCCAUAGAUUUUGGAUUAUCAGUCUUCUUCAAGCCUGGUGAGGGAUUUAACGAGAUUGUUGGAAGUCCUUAUUACAUGGCACCAGAGGUACUUAGGCGAAAUUAUGGACCUGAGGUUGAUAUCUGGAGUGCUGGAGUUAUCCUUUAUAUCCUUCUCUGUGGUGUCCCACCAUUUUGGGCCGAGACUGAGCAAGGGGUGGCUCAGGCGAUCAUUAGGUCAGUCAUCGACUUCAAGAGAGAUCCAUGGCCAAGAGUUUCUGAGACCGCCAAGGACCUUGUGAGAAAGAUGCUCGAACCUGACCCCAAAAAACGGCUUUCUGCUGCACAAGUACUCGAACAUUCUUGGAUACAAAAUGCAAAGAAGGCUCCAAACGUUUCACUCGGUGAGACAGUGAAAGCAAGGCUCAAACAAUUUUCUGUUAUGAACAAGCUCAAGAAAAGAGCUCUACGGGUGAUAGCCGAACACUUAUCAGUGGAGGAAGUAGCUGGCAUAAAGGAAGCAUUUGAGAUGAUGGACAGUAAAAAGUUGGGUAAGAUAAACCUCGAGGAGCUUAAAUAUGGACUUCAUAAACUCGGACAACAGCAGAUACCUGAUACUGAGCUGCAGAUUCUGAUGGAAGCUGCUGAUGUAGAUGGUGAUGGAACUUUAAACUAUGGCGAGUUUGUAGCUGUCUCUGUGCAUCUUAAGAAGAUGGCGAACGACGAACACUUGCACAAGGCUUUUAGCUUUUUUGACCAGAACCAGAGCGAUUACAUAGAGAUUGAGGAGCUGCGUGAGGCUUUAAAUGAUGAGGUGGACACCAGCAGUGAGGAAGUUAUUGCAGCCAUCAUGCAAGAUGUUGACACAGACAAGGAUGGGCGGAUAAGCUAUGAAGAGUUCGCGGCAAUGAUGAAAGCUGGAACAGACUGGAGGAAAGCUUCGAGACAGUAUUCCCGGGAAAGAUUCAACAGUUUGAGCCUCAAAUUAAUGAGAGAAGGUUCAUUGCAAUUAGAAGGCGAGAACUGAGAAAGGUUCAUGUUUCUUCUGUAUCUCUUAAAGAAGUAAAAAGAAAAAAGCACUAUUCUUUGAAAAUUGUUAUCUUUUUUAAUCCUUUUUUUCUUUCUUCACAAUAAUUGUAGAUCAGGGUUUUCAAAUGUUUUAGUUACUUGAAUAGCCAGCCAUGUACGAUAUGAAGUUGUUCUUAAAUUUCUUGACUAUUAUUUUUCAUAUUGUCUGGAUUACUACC